AUGUUCAAAAGCAGUUUCAAACCAUGUGUUUCUCCAAAUUUCUCCAAGAGCCACCACCACCCAUAUUUGCGAAUUUUUCAAAGCAAGCAUUCCGCGAAUAAUGAUGGCAAAUUGACAAAUUAUCAUUCCUCUCUAGCGCUCAAGAAAGAUUACAUAUUCGGAAUUUACAAGGAUGGUUCAUUCACUCCUUCUGCCUAUCAAAUGUUGAAGGAACAAUUUUUAACUUCUCCAUUCUUCACAAAGAAUGAAUGGAAAGAGGGAAAGACAUCAUUGGUUCAUUGCGGAAUGUUUGCAACAUCAUCCGGUGAUCAUGCAUGCUCGAUUGCGAAAGAACAAACAAUUACAACCGAUGAUCGAAUUGUUUUUGUUGGAUUGGGAGAAAAAGAUGUUUCAACCAAAAAGAUUUCCUACAAGAAAAAAUUGUUUAAAGAACAAUUCAAUCAAAGUGAUUUGGUUGAUAUUCGACAACCUAAUGUGAGAGAGUACGCUCAAAAAGCAGUACAACUACUUUUAUCAGACAGUAAAAAAUCUAAAAAGGAGACAACUGUGGAAAAAGACAAAUCAUCCACAGAAGAAGAUGAAAACAAUGAAGAGAUUUUAGAAGUAUUUAUUGAUGAUUUAACAAAUGACAAAGAAUGCGUUGAGGGUUUGAAGCUUGGAAGUUGGAAAUUUAUCAAAUUAUCAAAAAAAACAUUUGAAAAAUCAUUGAAAGAACUCACUGAAGGAAGAGUCAAAAUUUCAUCUAAUUUUAAUAAGGAAACUGUUGAAAGAGCUAUUGUUUAUGCUGAUGCUCAAAACUUUUCAGCAUAUCUUUCUGAAUUACCAGCCAACUAUCUCACACCAACACUCUUUUGUAAACUUGUGAAAGAAAAAUUCCAAACUGAACUCGGUGAUUUAUUGAACAUGCAAAAUUCUCCACUCAAAAUUGAAGAACACGACAAAAAGUGGUGUGAAGAAAAAAAGAUGGGAGCAUUUCUUGGAGUUUCACAAGGAUCUGCAGAAGAACCAAGAGUGUUAGAAAUUACUUUUAUGAAUAAUCCAAAAGAACAAGUUGAAUAUGAUAUCAUUUUGGUGGGUAAAGGAAUUACUUUUGACAGUGGAGGUAUAUCCAUUAAGCCAGCAGCCAAUAUGAAAGAAAUGAAAGGAGAUUGUGCUGGAGCAUGUUCAGUUAUGGCAACCAUGUUGGCCAUUUGUAAACUGAACUUGCCUGUGAAUAUUAAGUGUGUGGCCAUGCUUUGCGAGAAUUUACCAUCUGGCACAGCAUAUAAACCAGGAGAUGUCAUAAUUGCAAGCAAUGGAAAAACUAUUGAAGUUGAUAAUACAGAUGCAGAGGGUCGAUUAGCUCUUGCUGAUGGUUUGUGUUACUCCUCAACUUUCAAACCAAAACAUCUCAUUGAUGUUGCAACACUCACUGGAGCAUGUGUGGUUGCUUUGGGUCAUCAACUCACUGGUUGUUAUGCUUCUACCAAUGAAAUGUGGAAAAUGUUAGAAAAGGCAGGAAUUAAUACCAAAGAUUAUAUGUGGAGAAUGCCAUUCAUGCCAAGUGAAUACGAAAAACAAAAUGAAACCAAUGUGGCACAUGUUAAAAACUCUGGAGGUCGAACAGGUGGCAGCAUUACAGCAGCAUGCUUUUUAUCUGAAUUUGUUAAUUUUGAUCAUGUUUCACAUUAUGCACAUCUCGAUAUUGCUGGAACAAGCUCAGAUUCAAAGGGAAUUCAUACUGGACGUCCCACUCGAGCAUUGAUUGAAUAUGUUCGCUUACUCUCUGACAGUCCACAACCAACACUUUGA